GCACAGAUCCUGGUGAUUUGUUGCACGACAGACUUGCGAUAGGCAUCGUACUACCAUUUUUGUUUCUUUUAACGCUGCGCCGGACCGCAUCCUCUCCUUGUACGCUAUUUUCAUCAUGCGCUUCACAUCUCAGUUUGUUGCUUUCACAAGCAUCUGUACGAUCAUCGCUAUUGUGCUUCCACCCCCUGCCGACGCUGCGUAUAUUGCAAGCCAUCCCAGCGGCAACCGGAUCGCUACUGCGCAUGAGGCUGAUAAGCCCCGCACUAUCUUUUCACUUCCGAGGCUGACUACUGGACAUGGUCCCCACGAACUCUCCGAGGACAAAGGAAAGUCGAUCAUCGAUACUCCCAACUCGAGGUUCUUCAGGUUUUCAGAUUCCGACCCAUUGAACCCGCUGGCCGGAAUUCUGGAUCAUAGUUUCGCUCAUGUUCAUGGUGAUGAUGUUCAUCCGCCCUUCUUGCUGCGUGAUGCAUCCUCACGUCGUCCUACUCCUCUCUCUCGUCGCUCGUCUGCUCUCGUCCAUGGUGCAGAUGGAAAUAACUAUCUAGUCUCCAGGGGAGCAGCCUCCAAGCGCCCUUUAAAACGAAGGCUGGGCCGUCGCGGUAUAUCUGAUCCUGUUUCCGGAAUCAUUGAUAUUGUGAGCGGAGAUCAAGGCCGGCACCUCGCAUCUCUUGCUCUCGAUUCUUCGAUGUAUAACUCUACCAACACUACGUCGACCAACUCGACCAGUAGUCACGCUAGUAAUGGUUCAAUUCCUCUCAAUGCGUCAAGCACCAACGGGACGCAGUUCUACUUGGUCGACGCUAAUGACAGCUCAUUCAACGACCCUGCAAAUACAACGAAGCACGUCAUGGUUCAAACCGAUAUCUUCGAUUCCCUUUACUGCGCGACUUUUGACCCAAACCCAUCUGGGCCUGAACCAAUGAUAAUGGAGAUGUGCCGCCCGUCGCAAUCCGAAAAUGACGUCAAAAACCUGGAUUACUCAUAUGCCAACGGAGUAGCGCCUAUCGUCGAUUACACCUUAUUGGCCGCGGAUUCACACAAGAGCCAGAUUUUCGAGUAUAAUCCCUCUACUGGUGUCAUCAAGCCGUUGUGGACGAACAGCGAAGGCAGCACUUCCUCGCAUGCGAUGUUUGUUGAACGGGAUACUACAACUUCUUUUCCUACUGGCUCCAACACUAUGUCAUCUGCCGGGUCUACCACCAGCUCCACGUCUGCACCUCAGCCCACCAAUUCAUCGAUUGCACCGGAAGCACAGAACGUGACUCUCGUGUUCCGACCUUCCAAUGCUGCGGUCUCUGCCCCUCUGCCUUCUACCAAUGCUGCUGACUCGAGCACGGAUGACGUGGCAACGACGACGAUCACCACGACGGUUGUCUAUACCACCACUGCAAUCCCAUCUUCAUAUUCGUCAUCCGCUUCUGAAGGCCCUAUCGCCGCUGUCGCUGCACUUAGCAUGACACCUUCGUCAUCCUCGUCAAUACCAGCAUGCAGUUCGACAUCGACAUCAACGCCCUCUCCUGCUGUCCACGCUGCAGCAGCAGCUUCAAGCACAGGGUCGUCUUCUUCACAAGCAACUUCCAUGGGCUCCACCCCCAUCCAAGUAACAUCAUCAUCGAUACCACCCUCUCCUUCUGUCCAUGCUGCCAUUGUCGCCUCAAGCCCAGGAUCGUCAUCUUCUCAGGCGACCUCCCCGAACUCGGCGACUAGCACACAAUCAACAUCGUCAUCGAUGCCGCCCUCUCCAUCUGUCCACGCCGCUAUCGUUGCUUCAGUCUCAGGGUCGUCAUCUUCUCAAGCAGUCCCUAUGAGCUCGGUGACUACCAGUCAAGCGACAUCGCCCUCGCAGCCCGUGAGGGGUUCACUAGAAAUCGAGUUCGUCCCGAUUGCAGUUUCAUCGCCAUCUGCCUCCAUCACUUCAUCUUCUCCGUCGUCAUCUUUAUCAUCUUCCUCUCCUACUUCUUCCUCCUCCCCCUCCUCGUCAUCUGCAACCCCCAGUCAAUUGAACGCGGCUGCAAUCGCUUCAGCAAUCGCCAACUUCCGCUCUAGCGCUUCGGCCGCGAGCACCACUAAUACAGGCAGUUCUUCUGUAAGUACAACAGUUGCACCGGCAACCACUACAAAAUAGGUAGGUCCCUUAUGUCGGGAGCUUACUUAGAUAAUUCAUCCUGAGAUUGUAGUAAUAUCAAUGUAAUGGAUGAAUUGUAUUGUCGCUAUAUACAAGAGAGCAAUUUCGUUUUGGAACUCAUAAGAAUACCUACACUUAUGUCGAGAAAUU